UGCUAUAAAUAGCCUUAUUGUAGUACUGGGUAGCAUGAAAGUGAGUGAGUGCCGCCAAUUAGUGUGUCUCACAUUUUGAUUUUCUCCACAAUAAUUAUACGAAGUAUAUAAGUAAUUUGGUUUUUGGCUCCCAAAAAAGAAGUAUUCUGCAAUAUGGAGGAGAUUAACACCAAUGGAACAGAGAUUGAGCAAGACAAUUACCACAAAGGGUACUAUCGGAUUGAACCUUGUAAAUGGCACAACUCCCCUCCAUUGGUGAAUGCAUUGAAAUCUAUAGCGGAAGAAAAUGUAGCAACCUUUGGAUUUCCUGGACACAACAGAGGUCAAGCAGCUCCAUUUCCAUUGGUUGAGCUGAUUGGUGAAACAACCUAUCGACAUGACAUACUUGAGGUUGACAAUCUUUCGACGCCACAAGGCCCUAUAUUAGAAGCACAAAAGCAGGCAGCACAAGUAUUUGGAGCAUCAAAAACUUGGUUUCUUGUAGGUGGGACAACUUGUGGAAUCCAUGCUGCUAUAAUGGGUGUCUGUAAUCCUGGUGACACCCUCAUACUACCUCGAAACUGUCACAAAUCUGCAAUUUCUGCAAUGGUCUUAUCUGGAGUCAUCCCCAAGUAUAUAUUUCCAGAUUAUGAUUUUCAUUGGGAUAUACCAACUGUAGUUUCUCCAUCUCAGGUACAAAAAGCAAUUAAGGAAUUACAAUAUCAAGGCCUUAAACCCGGAGCUGUUUUCAUUACUUCCCCUACUUACCAAGGGUUAUGCAGCAACAUAAAAGAGAUCUCUGCACUAUGUCACCUACACAACAUUCCACUAAUUGUAGAUGAAGCUCACGGAGCUCACUUUGGUUUCCACCCGUCUCUUCCAUUGUCGGCCCUCCAGCAAGGGGCUGAUGUGGUUGCUCAAUCCACUCAUAAAGUGCUUUUCUCACUUGCUCAGUCAUCUAUGUUACAUGUAUCACCCAAUAAUAUUGCAGACAAGGACAAAAUCAACAGAUGUCUUCAGACCCUGCAGACCACUAGUCCAAGUUCCCUACUUCUAGCUUCACUUGAUGCAGUAACAGCUACACUCAAGAAUAACCCAUCAAGUUUUUUCGACAAUGCAAUCAAUUUAGCAGUAGAGGCUAAAAACAAAAUCGAACAAAUUCCAGGAAUUACUGUCUUUGAUUUUCCUAGUGCUCAUGAUCCUUUACGACUUACUGUUGGUGUCUAUGAUCUUGGUCUUUCAGGAUAUGAAGCAGAUGACUUCUUAUUUAAUGAUCAAAAGGUGAUAUCUGAGCUCCCUGGAUCGCGCUCUAUAACACUUUCAUUUCCUCCAAGAACUUGUAAGGAACACGUUGACAGACUCAUCCUUGGGUUUAACAAUUUAUCAUCAUCAUUCAUCCACCAUCAAAAGAACAAGGAAAUAAAUCAUGUUGGUUUCCGUUUCAGUUUCGAACCAUGGAAUGAUAUUAACAUGAAACUCUCUCCAAGAGAAGCUUUCUUUGCAAAGAAGAAGCAGGUGGAUAUUAAAGAUGCAAUUGGGAAAAUAUGUGGUGAGUUGAUAUGUCCAUACCCACCUGGUAUUCCCAUUACAAAUCCUGGUGAAGUGAUCUCAGAAAUAAUUAUUGAGAUUUUACUAAAGUUUAAAGCUGACGGUGCUAAAGUAAUUGGCGCUUCUGAUCCUCUUUUAUCUUCUAUGCUUAUAUGUGAUGUUUAAUUAUAAGCAACAUAAGUACAAUAUCCAUCCCUAAGGCUUACAAAUUAAAACAAGGAAUAAUUGAUUAAUUGGACGUUCGUUAGAUCAAUGUAUUUUGUUUUUGAGAAACAUGUUAAGUAGUAUAUGUAUUACUUCCUACGUACUUUUUAUUUAGUUGUAACGUUUUUGUUUUCACACUUACUGAACUUCAUUUGAGGCCUAGCUUGACUA